GCCGUUCACGCGAGCUCAGGUGUGGGCACUGCCAACGGCUGCAGCCUACUUGGAACGACCUGGGAGACAAGUACAACAGCAUGGAAGAUGCCAAAGUCUACGUGGCUAAAGUGGACUGCACAGCCGACUCCGAUGUGUGCUCUGCCCAGGGGGUGCGAGGAUACCCCACCUUGAAGUUUUUCAAGCCUGGCCAGGAAGCUGUGAAGUACCAAGGUCCCCGGGACUUCCAGGCCCUGGAAAACUGGAUGCUACAGACGCUGAACGAGGAACCUGCCACACCAGAGCCGGAAGCAGAACCGCCCAGAGCCCCUGAGCACAAGCAGGGGCUGUAUGAGCUUUCAGCGAGCAACUUUGAGCUGCACGUCGCACAAGGCGACCACUUUAUCAAGUUCUUCGCUCCAUGGUGUGGUCACUGCAAAGCUCUGGCUCCGACCUGGGAGCAGCUGGCUCUGGGCCUUGAACAUUCCGGAACUGUCAAGAUUGGCAAGGUUGACUGUACACAGCAUUACGAACUCUGUUCAGGAAACCAGGUUCGUGGCUAUCCUACUCUCCUCUGGUUCCGAGAUGGUAAAAAGACUGAUCAGUACAAGGGAAAGCGGGAUCUGGACUCGCUGAGAGAGUAUGUGGAGUCUCAACUCCAGAGUGCAGAGGAGGGCACCCCGGAGACUGCCCAGGCCUCGGAGGCCCCCAUGCUGGCUGCCGAGCCCAAGGCUGACAAGAAGGGCACUGUGUUGGCACUCACAGAAAAUAACUUCGAUGACACCGUUGCAGAAGGAAUAACCUUCAUCAAGUUUUAUGCUCCAUGGUGUGGUCAUUGUAAGAAUCUGGCUCCUACUUGGGAAGAACUCUCUACAAAGGAAUUCCCUGGUUUGGCAGAGGUCAAGAUAGCUGAAGUGGACUGUACUGCUGAACGGAAUAUUUGCAGCAAGUACUCGGUACGUGGCUAUCCCACGCUGUUGCUUUUCCGUGGAGGGAAGAAAGUCAGUGAGCACAGCGGAGACAGAAACCUUGAGUCGCUGCACUACUUCGUUCUGCACCAGGCGAAGGAUGAGCUGUGAAGACGCAGGUGGAGGCCUCCUGCCCGCUUCCUGGGCCCCACGUGCAGGAACCGAGUCCCGUGGGUAUGGCUGAGUGUUCAGGAAGCUGGACAUACUGACCUUGUGGUACCUUCUUGGUGUGUGUGUCUUCAGCCAGCACACUCUACAGACUCUUCAUUAAAUUUCUCUAAGUAAACAUGACCCCCUGCAAACAAUAUUUUCAGUGGCAAUCUGUCCCCUUUAACCUUCUCUUGGUGAAGUUUAAAUGGUUUCCUUUGAGACUAAAAUAGAGUUGAGGAAAAUCAAA